CUGAGUAAUGUUACCUGCUUUGUUACUCUACUGUGCAGUCUCGAGACGGUUGGAUUUGCGUGAGUGGGGCUCGAUCAGGCUCAGUGCGGUGAACGAGCUCAAACAGCGGCUGUGCGGAAGUUCUGUCAUCCGUGCUGCAGAAGGGGCUUCGCCCUCGCGAUUAUUCUCGUCACAACUUUAUGCUUGGAUAAAAGCGGUUCAGGUGGAACUUCUGGACAGUACAACCCAAUUUGAGUUUUACUACAGCCACAGUCGGCCACCUUUGUUUUCGUUUGAUGGCGAGGCCGAGCCACAGCGAGCAUGUCCUGCAGCAGUUCAACAACCAGCGGGAGUGGGGCUUCCUGUGUGACUGCUGCAUUGCCAUCGGCGACAUCUACUUCCGGGCCCACAAGGCCAUGCUGGCUGCCUGCAGCUCCUACUUCCGCAUGAUGUUCAUCCGAGACCAACAGGGGACGGCGCGCAUGGACCUCAGCAACAUGCAGAUUAGCGCGGAGUGCUUCGACCUAAUCCUGCAGCUCAUGUACUUGGGCCGCAUCGUGGUGGGCAGCUACGAGUUCGAGGAGCUCAAGGCCUCAAUGGCCUUCCUGCAGAUGUACUACAUCCCUGACUCCCUGGAGGACCUCGGGGACAUCGGAAGCGCCUCAAACCUCACACCAUCCUCCUCUACCUCUUCCUCGUCCAGCUCCUCUUCCUCCGCUGGCCCGGCAAUUAUUGGCAAAAUGAUGUUUGGAGUCCGCAUGUAUGAGCAGCUGAAGCCAGGUGCCCCAGAGAGCAAGCCCAAAGUUGCAAUUACUGCUGUGCAACCAAGCAUUCCUGUCCCAGUCAACAGGCCUCCACUCGUGGUGGAGGAAGUGGCAGCCCCUUUGGUAGUAGUAGCAUCACCGUUUCUAGACAGUGUAGCUGAGCAACCUUGUGACCUGCGUAAGAGGCCCAGCGCCCGGAUCGCCACCUUAAAAGAGCGCCCCCGCUUCGGACGCACAUACACCUGCGACGACUGCGGCUUUGUUUUCAGCUGCGAGAAGCUGCUGAUUGAGCAUAUCCUCACCUGCACCAACCGUAAGGCCUUCAAGGUCCCCAGGACCAGCGCAGAGGCAGACAAUGAUUCCAGCAAGGCGGAGAGCUCGGCCUCUGAGGAGAUGGAGGAGCACAGGGUGGUCUGCAAGGCUAGAGGGGAUUGGCCGGACCACAGGUCUGACUCCGACACGGCGAUCAGGUCUGUGGCAACUGGUACGGAAAACGAGCCUGGGUCUGCCAGAAAUAUCACCAUCAAGGUGGAGCCGGAAGAAAAUGUGGUGUCCGAGAUGAUGGAUGGCAUUAAGGUGGUCCAGGUGGAAGAUAUCAGUGCGAGGCACCGUGCACUCAAUGACACUAUGAAGGACCCGAUUAAAUUUGACCAGGAGCCCAAGGCUGGUGUUUCCGUCAUGAACGACAGCAACAAGCCAUUUGAAGGGCACAUGUCCAGCAAUGAGGAUUCUGGCAUACCUACUAAGAUGCACAAGAUUAAAGAGGAGAAGAAGGACGGGGAAGGUUUGCCAUGUGAGCUGUGUGGAGAACUUCUCACGGAGGAGUACCAGUCAGCCCACUACAUCUCCAGCCACAUGGGCCACAUCUGUGCCUGUGGGAGGUGUGGCCAGGUCCUAAUCAAGGGGUGGCAACUGCAGGAGCAUGCUGAGCGCUGUGGCGAACCUCAGAGUGCGGACACUGACUCUCAUGGGGAGGAAGGCGACACGCCCCUGCCAGAGGACCUGCAGGCCAUGGACGAUGGGCUGCUGGAGGGGGGCGACCUGGCCUGCCCCCACUGUGGCCUGCUUUUCCAGAGUGAAAGCCUGGCCUUGGAACACGCUCUGACCUGCCACGAGCAGGAGCUGUUCCACCCUGUCCUGCUGGAGGAUGACGGUGUCGAGCCUGACCACCGGCGCAAGCAUUUCUGUGCCAUCUGUGGUAAGGGCUUCUACCAGCGCUGCCACCUGCGGGAGCACUACACCGUCCACACCAAGGAGAAGCAGUUCAGCUGUCAGACGUGCGGCAAGCAAUUCCUGCGUGAGCGGCAGCUCCGGCUGCACACCGACAUGCACAAGGGCAUGGCGCGCUACAUCUGCCCCGUGUGCGACCAGGGCACCUUCCUCAAACACGACCAUGUGCGCCACAUGACCUCGCACCUGUCGGCCGGGGAGACUAUCUGCCAGGUGUGCUUUCAAAUCUUCCCCAGUGGAGAGCACCUGGAGAAGCACAUGGACGUGCACCUGUACAUCUGUAGCGUCUGUGGGGAGAAGUUUCGCCUUCGCAAGGACAUGCGGAGCCACUACAACUCCAAACACACCAAAAGACUGUGUCCUGCCUGAAUGAAUGUCUGUCUGUUACUUCAAAGUCAUAAACGUGAGAACAAAUGUAUGCACUUAAACACCAAAAAAUAGAACCUACUAAAUCUGCACUUUCAAAAUGUAUGCAUAAUCGAAGUGUCUUAUUGCCUAAAAGUUUAGGCAUAUAUUUUUGAGUUUGAUGUCUAUUUGUUUUCCACCCCUGUACUAAACACACAAUGUAAUUUCAUGACAUUUCCACAUACAGUAGACAAAUCCUUAGCACAUUUGCCACACACAGUAGAGUGGCGCAGCGGUCUAAGGCACUGCAUCUCAGUGCUAGAGGCGUAACUACAGACUCCCUGAUUCGAGUACACGCUGUAUCACAACCGGCCGGGAUUGGGAGUCAGAUAUGGUGGCGGACAAUUGGCACAGUGUCGUCCGGGUUUGGCUGGUGUUCUAAACUGACUUGCCUAGUUAAAUUAAAAAUGUAAACAUUUAUAGAUAAAUCCUUAGCCAAUUUGUUCAUGUUUUAAUGCUUUUGGAAUCUAGUGUCUAGCAAACAGCCUAUGCAAUACACAGUUAAUGGAAUGAAGUGGAUUCAAAUUAAGCUUUUUUAAAUUAUUAUUGUAAUAUGAAUCCACACUUCAAUAUAGUUUUGUUGAGCAGUUACUGUACCAGCACUUAUACGUUUAAAAUAAUGUCAAUACACAAAAACACUAGAAUUGCUCCACUGGUUGAAACCAGAACAAAUAGAAACGCAUACUGAAUAUUGGCAAUGGUUAUAACUUAAUUCCCUAUGAAAUUGUUCAUGCCACAAAGGCAAGAGCAUGCACUCGCUCUUUUGCAUAAUCAAUUAUUUAAUCUGUUGUUCAGAUUUCAUGGCAAUGUAGGAGUAUUGUAAAUGACCUAUACAAUUAGCAACAGAACUUCUGUACCCAGUGACUAGGACAGCCAUCAAUUUGGCUUUACAGACAAAUCAAAAACUGUAGUAUUUCCUUUUUGUAUACUGUACACAGCCUAAAAUCAUGAAGUCUGAAUCCACUCUUAGGAACUUUUAUGUACUAAGUGAUCUCUAUUUCAUUCAUGUUACUUUAGCCUUCUCUUCAGCUUGGAUAGGUAUCAAAGUCAAAUGUGUGUUACAUUUUAAAGCUUCCCUUUACAUUUGCCUUUGUAUUAACUUGGCUGCAUUUACACAGGCAGACCAUUUCACUAAGUGGUCUUUUGACCAAUCAGAUCAGCCCUUUUGUUUGAUUGCAUUGCACAGCCAAUAUUAAGGUGUGUCCUACAUUGGUGUUGUAUUGCGGGGAACUACUUGAGCAAUAUGUCUCCUGCAUGUUAGAUAGUAUCGCACACAUGUUGCUACUGUGAAAUGCCAAUCAUGUUGUUUGUUUCACUGCAGAGAGAACGUAAUCUCUGAAAACAUCUUGACACGACAUGCAUUAGUGUGGGAGCUAGUGAAGCCUCUUAAAUCAUCACAAUGUAGCUUACAAAAUAACCAUGUAUGUAUGGAUGUUGUCUAUUAGUUACCUUAACAGGGUGACAUCCCUUCAGGGGCUAAAAUAAUCAUUUAAAAUAAUACAUACAUACAAUCUGAUAACUAACCCCAAGUGAUGCUGAUUUCCCUUGGUAAAAGGUAGGCCUAGUACACUCAAAGGUACAUUUUCUAGCUGUUUGUUAGUUUUCACAGUAGUGUUAAAUGGCUUAGUAUGUAUCCUGUUUCAAAAGAUCAAGAGUGAUGAGUCAUCUUUUAAGGAUCUGAAUUUAGUGUAUCACUGUCAUUGUUUUUUAAAUUUGACCUUUUAAGGGUUGUGUUGUGUUGGUAAUAAGGUCACGCUCAGAAAUGUCAGUUUUGUUGGUUGACUGAUGUUUGGGUAUCUGAGAGGUCAACACAUUAUCGCACCGGUUUGUAAAGCUGUUUUAAAAAAUAUAUUAUUUACCCACGAUUGAUGUUUUCAUUUGGAUAUUGAUGCUUUUUCUCAAGGUCUGAAUAAACCAAGAGGAUACAUUUUUGUUUCUAUCAAACUCCA